AUGGCUCAGUAGAAAAGCAUGAGCAAUUAUUUUGGGUACGUUGGAAAGCUAUUCUCAAACGUGAAAGGUUUCUACAAUGAAAUAAAUGCAGCGACCUUGACUGGGGCAAUCGACUCCAUUAUCAUCGAACAGGAGGAUGGAACUUACCUAUCCUCGCCAUUCCAUGUGCGGUUUGGGAAGCUGGGGGUGCUUCGUUCGAAAGAAAAAGUGGUUGAUAUUUCAAUCAAUGGACAGCCGGUGGACCUUCACAUGAAACUAGGUGAUUCUGGUGAGGCUUUCUUUGUUAGUGAGGUGGAGGAAGCUGGAGAGGAUGUGCCAGCAUACCUGGCCACCUCUCCACUACCAUCACAGGAGGACUUGAUGGAGCAAGGAGUCAAGGAAAUGAAAAAGAAGUAUUUUGAUCAAGAUGAUAAUGUCCUCUCUUCAAAGAUCAGCGAUGUCCGAAUCAAGAUGGAAGAUCCUGAAGGUCACCAAGUAGAGUCCAAAGAAAAUCACAGCAAGCGCCGGAAAAAAAGACGUGUUCUGAAAAAGAGACUGAUACCUUCUGGCAAUUCUGAGACUGACAUAAAAUCAUCUCAGGAGGAAACUGAUCUUCCAAUGUUUGAUAUCGAUGACGUUUCUUCCGAUGAGGAGUUAGCCAAUUUGCCUCCCAUGCCGCCUCUGGGCUCCUUGGGGAAAUCUGUGAGUCUGCCAAUCAUGGAAGAGAACAGUUUACAGAGGACAAGUGACUGGGCCAGAACACAAUACAACACCUAUAGCUAUCUCCAUCCAUUUAGUGACACCGAUAUGUCACCUAUUAACAGUCCUGCCAGUACACGUCCGCCAUCUCCUAAAAGCGACACAGAGGUCCAACUACGUCAUCAGGAGGAGGAGUUGUUGUUUUCAGAGGAGGACAACACAAUGUGGGAAUGGGGAGACCUGCCAAGGAAAAGUACGGACGAUUCAACAGUAGUACCGAGCGAUCUCCAGACCCCUGGACAUCUCGGUCCAAAUAGGGAGGGAACCUCACGAAGCAAUGCUGCAGAGACCUCGGGAGGUCUGUUUCAGUUUAUGAGGAAGACAAAGGCGGUCCGACACAAACCUGAAGAGGAAGGCAUAUACCUGGACGACCUUAAGUUAGAGGAAAUGGAUCCAGAAGUUGCCAAACUUUACUUUCCUAAACGAUGCCAUUAUAAAAGCAUGAGCAAUUAUUUUGGGUACGUUGGAAAGCUAUUCUCAAACGUGAAAGGUUUCUACAAUGAAAUAAAUGCAGCGACCUUGACUGGGGCAAUCGACUCCAUUAUCAUCGAACAGGAGGAUGGAACUUACCUAUCCUCGCCAUUCCAUGUGCGGUUUGGGAAGCUGGGGGUGCUUCGUUCGAAAGAAAAAGUGGUUGAUAUUUCAAUCAAUGGACAGCCGGUGGACCUUCACAUGAAACUAGGUGAUUCUGGUGAGGCUUUCUUUGUUAGUGAGGUGGAGGAAGCUGGAGAGGAUGUGCCAGCAUACCUGGCCACCUCUCCACUACCAUCACAGGAGGACUUGAUGGAGCAAGGAGUCAAGGAAAUGAAAAAGAAGUAUUUUGAUCAAGAUGAUAAUGUCCUCUCUUCAAAGAUCAGCGAUGUCCGAAUCAAGAUGGAAGAUCCUGAAGGUCACCAAGUAGAGUCCAAAGAAAAUCACAGCAAGCGCCGGAAAAAAAGACGUGUUCUGAAAAAGAGACUGAUACCUUCUGGCAAUUCUGAGACUGACAUAAAAUCAUCUCAGGAGGAAACUGAUCUUCCAAUGUUUGAUAUCGAUGACGUUUCUUCCGAUGAGGAGUUAGCCAAUUUGCCUCCCAUGCCGCCUCUGGGCUCCUUGGGGAAAUCUGUGAGUCUGCCAAUCAUGGAAGAGAACAGUUUACAGAGGACAAGUGACUGGGCCAGAACACAAUACAACACCUAUAGCUAUCUCCAUCCAUUUAGUGACACCGAUAUGUCACCUAUUAACAGUCCUGCCAGUACACGUCCGCCAUCUCCUAAAAGCGACACAGAGGUCCAACUACGUCAUCAGGAGGAGGAGUUGUUGUUUUCAGAGGAGGACAACACAAUGUGGGAAUGGGGAGACCUGCCAAGGAAAAGUACGGACGAUUCAACAGUAGUACCGAGCGAUCUCCAGACCCCUGGACAUCUCGGUCCAAAUAGGGAGGGAACCUCACGAAGCAAUGCUGCAGAGACCUCGGGAGGUCUGUUUCAGUUUAUGAGGAAGACAAAGGCGGUCCGACACAAACCUGAGGAGGAAGGCAUAUACCUGGACGACCUUAAGUUAGAGGAAAUGGAUCCAGAAGUUGCCAAACUUUACUUUCCUAAACGAAUGUCGAAACAUUUUCACCAGUCACCAUUUAUGUCGAUCAAGGAUACGGAAGAAGAUACAGAGUCUGGCAGGGGAGCAUCACUUCCUGUUUCACCAAAUUCUGUAGAGGGUGCAAUUGGCGGUCCCUCUGUCAGCUUCCUGCAGUCAGAAGUGAAGCAUUUAGGGAACUUUUCCAUGUCAUUAUGUGGAGGGCUGUCAGAUCCUGAUGGAGUUACACUAGAGAAAUUCAUGCAGCACGUUAUCACUUUUGAUGACCUCUGUGAAAACUACAAUAUGAUUUCCAAUCCGGAAUUAGUCAUUCGCAUUAGCGAGAAGUACUAUAACUGGCAGACAGCUGCUCCAAUUAUUUUGUCUCAAGUCGUGUUCAACAAGGACCUUCCUGACUUAACUGUUGACAAACUCACCUCAGAAUACAUGCCAAAAAAAAAGGAUAAGAGGCAGGGGAGUCGUGUCUCUUCCUGGUUCUCUUGGCGACGCACAAGUACCACACCUGAGACUGGGGUGUCAAAACUGGACGCGUCUGGAAGUACCCUGGAUAAUCUUAAAACGAUGUCGGAUUCAGACCUAGUCAUGAACAAAAAUCAGUUAGAUGUGUCUGUUUCCAUGAGUCCACCGGUCAGUCCUCCUCCUAGUCUUACCAGUAGUCCACGGAAGGAGAGACGCAUCACUGAGGAAAGUGUGAAAGCCGACGAUGAACACACCUCCAGUGAAGCUGACACAGACUCGGACAGGAUUUCUCUACCUGUUCGCAAGCAACUUGUUCACGACAUGUACAAAAAGACACUUCGAUUGACAUCAGAACAAAUAAAAAAUUUGAAUUUGAGAGAGGGUGCAAAUGAAGUGACAUUCUCUGUGACGACACAGUACCAGGGGACAACAAAGUGUACAUCGCAUAUCUUCCUCUGGCGCCACGACGACAAAAUCAUUAUCUCCGAUAUUGAUGGAACUAUCACAAAGUCGGAUGUUCUGGGCCAGAUACUGCCCAUCAUUGGUAAGGAUUGGUCUCAGUCAGGCGUGGCCCAACUCUACACAAACAUCCAGUCUAAUGGCUACAAGUUCCUGUACCUGUCUGCCCGUGCCAUUGGACAGUCAAAGAUCACCAAGGACCUGCUCAAGAGUAUUAAACAGGAUUAUCAUGUUUUACCGGAAGGCCCUCUGCUUCUCUCCCCUACCUCUCUUGUCAGUGCUUUCCACAGGGAAGUGAUAGAGAAAAAGCCAGAGGAAUUCAAGAUUGCCUGUCUCAAGGAUAUCGCAGAGCUGUUUUCCCAUAAAAAGCCUUUCUAUGCUGGUUUUGGAAACAAAAUCAACGAUGUCAUUGCUUAUAAAGCGAUUAUGAUCCCUUCUUUCCGAAUUUUCACCAUCAACCACAAGGGGGAGCUGAAACAGGAUUCGGCCUACACCUUCCAGUCAUCGUAUGUAAAUCUGAACGAUGUCGCCGAUCACUUCUUCCCUCCAGUCCAGCGACUUCCGGGUGUGGUAACUGCGGAAUUCAGCUCUGUGACAUACUGGAGAGAUCCCUUACCGUCUAUACCAAACGUUGACAUUUCUAGCCCGGUGGAGACGGAACCUCGCCCAGCUGACAGAUGACAAUCAACAACCAUGGACAUCCAGUCUGCCUCGCUGCCAGCAACCUUCCACAUACCUCGUACCAACAGUAUUCCAAUCCCACCAAAAUCCUAUUCCUUUGAGGAUAAAACUGAGCCCUAUAUGUUGCCAAGUAAAAAUAGUCUAGACAUGCAUUGCGAUAUAUCCGACUCGGAUAGUACAGACUCUGACGAGAACCCUGUGGAUACUUUCCAAGAUUUGGGAGUGGCAUUGAAGAGAUAUGGUAGAACUCGGACACCAAAACAGAAAAAAAGAUACUGGCUUCUGCCAUUUUAUAUGUAUCUUUAAACUACUUAUUCUUGACUGUCAAUACAGUUACUAUAUCUGAGGUUUGUCAUUCUUUCUCAAAAUGAAAAUGUGAAAAAUUAAUAUGUAUUUUCAUGAAUGAAAAUCUGAACAGAAAAAAAAAUUUUUUUACAAGGUUUCUUGCUUGACGGUUUUGGAAGCUUUAAGGUUUUGCUUUGGGAGACAUGUAAGCCAAAAUACAAAAUAAUAUAUUAUGUAGAAAUUCAUCUACAAAAUUCCACUGUUCUUUUGGAUAUAUUGUAGAUUCAUUUGUCAGAACACUGCAAUUAAAAUGACAGGAUAUUUUUUUAUUUUAAAAGAUUAAAGCAUUUUAAAAAAGUGUUAAAGCUCAAUUAAAUAAGUUUUGCCUUAAAGUUUUUAUUUUUCAUAUUUGAGAUAACAUUGUCUUCCUGUUUUAGAUUUAAAACAUAACUGCUGUAUACUUUGUUGUAUUGAAGUACAACUCUCAAACAUAGACAUUUUCCCCCCAAUUUAGAUUUGUAGCCGUUAUAAGUAUGUUUUGGUAGUCCUGGUUGAGAUGUCCAUGGACAGUUUCAUAGUUUUUGUUUAGUAAAACUUCAUUUCAACAAACAUAUCAUUUGAUUAAAAGAAUGUUAACUAUAAUAACACAUUUAAACAAUCAUCGCAAAAUUCAACAAAUUAAAAAAUGUAUAUUUAUUUAAAUCACCAAAAUUCACCUUUAUGCACUAAGUUAUUACAUUCACGAUCAUCUUAAAUUCCCUCGGUAUCAUCUUUGUCCUCCAAAUCAUUAUAAAUGUCUGCUUUUAGUGUUAAUAUGAUUCAAUACUACAUAUCAGUGUCUCUGUGGAAAUAGACAAAAUUUUGUAGGGUUUCCUGAUUGUCUCCCCUGAUCAUAUGUAUCGGAAAGAAAUAGUUUAUUUCAAUAUUGGAGUCUUAUUCCUAUCAUCAUGACUUCGGUCAUUAUUCAGAAUUAAAUUGAGUAGCAGUCAUAGAAUGUGAUGAUAGCGAUAUAAUUUUUUUUUUUUGUAUAAUAGAAAUUUUAAAUGUCGAUAAUGUAUACACAAUAUGUAUACAUGUAUGAUUAUAGUGAUUUUAAGUGUUAAAACUGUCUAGUAUACUAAUUGUAUAAGACCUACAAAUUUAAAGCUUCCCAGAGGUAGGUCACAUGACUGUGAUUUCCUGUUUAGCAAUUGCCGAUUCUCUCUGUCAAACACUACAGGAUUUUCCUCUGAUGUCAAAUGUAAAAGAUAAGAAAUUAAUCCAGUUUUUGUAUUUUACAAAACUUUGUUAAACAUUGUGGAGAGUCUUCCAGAUGUUUUAUAUUAAACACCAGGAGUUGACUAAAUAAAUGUGAAAGGCUGCCAGGGGUCUGUGUGCUGCUGUUGGUUAGUGUAGGCCUAGACAAGGCUUGAUCCUGCUGGAACAAAGAUUAAGUUGGAAGAAAAGUGAAACAAAAACACUUUCUUGACUGUUUUAUGUUGAGUAGAAAAAAAGUGUAGAAGUUUUAAGUUAUCUCUCAGGGAGAAUUUGUUUGUGCAAAGUGUUAUUUUUCAAUUUUAAUAAUUAUUUUCAUUAUAUCUCUGAUAUUUUACAUAAUAUGAAAAAUAUUUAGAUUACCGAGUGCUAUGAUUAUUUAUUAAAAGAAACUUCAUUCAGUCACAACAAUAUGUUUUUAUGUGAUAUUGUCUUCAAAAGUGGGAUAAUUGUCUCAAUUAGAUUGAUAAUUCUGUAUGUAGUUUAAAUUAUUUUAGAAAUACACAACAAAAUGUACUUGCAUUGUGUGCUAAAAUUCUUUAGGAAUUCAUCUAUUAAUAUUUAUGAUUUGACAAAUAUGUAAGUCUUCAAUUUAUAUUAACCAUUGCUAUUCAGUAUAGACAUUGCAGAAAUAUCAAACUUCUUAUUAUUUUCCAAUGAUUUGACAUAUUAAUGAAUCUCUUAUAUAUACCCAAACAAAAAAGCAAUAUCAUUCUGUCUCCAUUUAAACAUGAAUUUAUGAUUAUUUUUUCUUGUUGAAAUAUUUCACUUUGCACAUCGACUACAGAUAACAGUGUUCAUAAUGAAUGGUUUGUUGAUAGUAUUAAAGUAUAGAUUAUGUAAUAAGAUUCAAUGUUAAAGUUAUGAUGUACAGAUUAUAUAUAGAUAUUAUUCCAUAUUAAAUGUUAGUUUUAGUAUUGUUAAAUAUUGUGUUGAAAAGUUUAUUUAUAUAUACAUUAAGUUAGAAAAAUAUUAGUUUUGAGUAGAGUCAUCGUCAGAAAUCGACAAGACUCGGCUCUUGUUGUUGACUGAAAAAACAAAGAGUAGUGUUGUGGACUUCCAAUUGUGAUGGAGGAGAGAUAAUACAGCUUACUGAAGCUGUGAUGUCAAAUGUGAUGAUGAAUCAAAUUUCUUCUGUGAAGAAUGAAUAACCCUGGUUCUUUGAUGAGCUAAUUCUUCUAUGAAUAUUAUCAAUACCUAUCAAGUAUUUUUAAUAUAAUUUCUGUGUGCUCAUUGAUUUAUCAUCAUAGACAAGCGUUUCAUGAAUUUGUUCUCAAUAUAUCUGGAAUUGCCAUUGCCAAUGUUGUUUGAUAUGCAGACAAUUAAGUAUUAGGGCUUUUCCAGUAAAACAUCUGCCCCACCCCAGGACUCCAGGUUUGGUUAAGGGUACCACCUAUAGAAUUUAUUAAACAAAUUGAAUAGCGGUAAUAGGAAGGAAGGCAAUCCAACCAUGUAUCGAAGUGAUUUAUUGUGGAGUCCUGGGAUCAGGUAGGUAUUUUAAUGGAGUAACCCUUAUGUGUAAAACAAUAUUUCUCUGCAUUUAAAGUAAUGUUGAACAUUCUUUAGUUUUAUCAAUGUAUAUGUUUCGUAUAUUUUCUGAUCUUGUUAAAUGUGUGAUUCUAUCAAAGGAUUAAUCCUUGUUGAUGUUUGUUUAUGUAGAGUUUAAUUUCUGUGCUUUAGAUAAAAGUUUUCUCAAACUUGAUUCUGUUAUGUAGGUGCUGAUAGAUAGAAAAUUGUAGAUUAGUAUAUACAUUAUAUAGCUUAUCAUUUUAGAUAGAUCAGUGUUCAUUGAUGGCUUAUUGUUCCUAAAUAUUCCACCUUUGUACAAGUAAACAGGAAUUUGCUUACGAUAUCUUACGGGAAAUGUAUAUAGACUAUACCAGAUAGUUAUGAAAAUUAUGGCAAUGUUCAUACAACAAAUAUCCUCAUUUCCAAGUUUUCUACAAAGUACUUGUUUAGUUGCAUCAGAUAAAAAAAGUUCUCAAUAGUCGGAGAACUUCAUUGACAAAGAAAAGCUCCGUGAAGGAGUAGGUUUAUCUUAUAUGUAAACAGUAUAUUGUUAUAAUUUUAGAACCAAUACUAAUUGUUUGACUUGAAAACCUGAAGCAUUUAACCUUUGGUUUUUAUAAAUAUUUUUUGUUUUCGCUUCUUUGUGAUAUUGUUAAAUAACUCUGUCUCGAGAUAAAAUCUCUACAUGAUACAACAAUUAUUGUCUGAAACUAUUAAUAGAUUCAUAGACUUUCAGAGUGGUAUUAAAAAUGAAUUUUCUUCAAGUCCAUCCUAAUUUUUAGGUGUGCAUUGUUUCAUUAGAACAAUGAACAUAUCUGAAAUCUACCAUGAUGGCUUGCUCUCAUAUUUUAAACUUAUUUUUUGUUAUUCUUGAAAAUUGUUUUUAUUAAACCCCUAUUUUCUGUUGUAUUCUUCAAAAGAUAUCUUCUGUGAUUGUCGAGAAAGGUUACUGUCUUAAGGUACACCUGUUAAUUCUAGAAAGAAUCAUUUUAACAGGCCAAUGCUAAAAAGAUUAUUUCUUGAGAUUUUUUAUGACAUGUAUAUUUUCUUCAAAAUUCCAGUUUGUCAAAUUAUGUUCAAAUGCUAGGGUUCAUGUUUUGCUAGGCAUUCAGACUAAAGCCAUUUUUCCAGGAAUUGCAAGACAUAUCUCCUAUGAUUUAGUUUUAUAUGUUGAUGUGAAGGUUUCCUCUUCAUUUUGGGAUACGAUAUAUUGAACAAAUUAGCUAUUGUUGAGGGUUUGACAAGUGUGAAAUUCCUGUAGAUUAGAGUCUAGGAAUAGGAUAGGUUUGAUUAAAGAUGGUGCAUAUU